UGCGGCUCAUUCAAUCUGGAGCGUCAGAUGGUGGGGCUGGCGACAGCGCAAGGUGCACCGCGUCGUUCUAUUGUCCCCGUUUUUACCGGAUUGUCUCGGCCACCGACCACAGGCUGUCAACGAUACAGUAACCAACUGAACCAGCACUUAAAUCAUGGUAAACCUUUUUUUUCCUAUAAGUUAAUAAAUGGGAUUGAAACGGGAGGACGCAGGGAACUGAAGAUACCCUGUUCAGCUUCAACGCUUUCUGACCAGAACGGAUACAAUUCAACUGAUAUAAUCUGCUGCACUCGUCUUUUUAAGACUAAAAUUAACAUCUAAAAUAAGGAUACUUCAUCCUCGGAUGGUUUAUAUCCCACAUAUUAUUUUUGAGUUGUCUUCAAGGCUUAAGAGAUAUCGAGGUUUAUCUGGCUUCGGUUACAUUUCUUCAAGAGCCCAAGGCAACCUUUCCCGGGAGGGAGGAGCGAGGAGACUAGAGGAACAGUCUCCGUCAACAACAUUGCAUUGUUUCUCUGCAAAAGACCAUAUCAAGGCGACACUGAUAUCCUAACAUUAAUGCAAUGAUCCAAGUGGCCUGGAUAUAGCCUUGUGUUUGUAGUGCUUGGCGUGCCUGGGUGCAUUGAUUGCCAAUUUAAGACAUCAGGCGCAGCCAGUAAUCCAUGUGUUUUAUCUUGUUUUAUCUAAUGAUUUGCUUAUGAUAUAUUUGCCAAGAUAAUGCGGCUACAAAAGAACAACGGACUUUCGAAAGGUUGAAGAACUGGACAUUCAAUCCAGAUUUGUCCUGUGUUAGAUUAAAGAGUAUGAAGGGUUAGCAAAUUGAACCUUUACGCUUGAAUGUUGUUAUACACUGGGCACCAAUCCUACAGACUAUAGUUUGGAUAUAAUCAGCUUCUUUGCGUCUAAACAUCCGAAACCUCUGCUCACACGUACCGCUGACAAGCAGCCCUCGCCCCUACCCGGUUACCAAGAGGCAACGGAGAUUUGGGAGUUACAGCGACCCACGUGGAGGGAGAACUGCCGUGGACCAUGGGUUGUUGCAGCGGCCGGUGCACGCUGGCUUUCAUCUGCGGCAUGCAGCUGGUCAGUGUUCUGGAGCGCCAGGUCUUUGACUUCCUGGGGUACCAGUGGGCCCCCAUCCUCACCAACUUCCUGCACAUCAUCCUGGUCAUCCUCGGCCUCUUUGGGACCAUCCAGUUCAGGCCUCGCUACGUCACAGGGUAUGCCGCGUGGCUGGUGCUGUGGAUGACCUGGAACGUUUUCAUCAUCUGUUUCUACCUGGAGGUGGGGGACCUGUCCAAGGACUCUGACCUCAUCAUGACCUUCAAUAUCUCCAUGCAUCGCUCCUGGUGGAUGGAGAAUGGUCCAGGAUGCAGGGUGACCCCGGUAACCCCCCCUCCAUCCUGGGCCCCGGAGGACCACCGCUACAUCAGCAUCUCAGGCUGUCUGCUGGACUAUCAGUACCUGGAGGUGGCCCACAGCUCUCUGCAGAUUCUACUGGCUCUGGUGGGGUUCAUCUAUGCCUGCUACGUGGUCAAGCUGAUCUCAGAAGAGGAGGACAGCUUUGAUUUUAUAGGAGGCUUCGACUCUUAUGGAUACCAGGGACCUCAGAAAACCUCCCACCUGCAACUCCAACCGAUGUACAUGUCAAAGUAACGAGGACUGCCUUACCAACAUAAAAAGCUACUGUUUUAACUUCCUGUCCAUUUCUUCAAUGUCUUAAACAUGAUACUGUGUCUUAAAGUAUGUGAAGAGCCAGACACUCCAUGCUCUAACCUCAGAGAGAACACAGUGGAUGUUCCUGUGUGUGUGUGUGUGUGUGUGUGUGUGUGUUUGUAGGGCGGGGUGACUGAGUGUGUGUAGUAUUGUGUCUGAGCCAGGCCUUUACUAGGCCAGUCUGCUGGAGCAACAGUGCCACUGUGUGGCUCUACAUGGUCACCACAGGAGAAAUACAGAACCUCUACUCUCGGAGCUGGAUGACAGAGACACAUCAGGGAGCCAAUAGUAUUAAUCUCCCUGGACUACGCCCAAUUGGACAUGUUGACCCGUUGGAACACUGCCAACGCGCUCCCUAGUGUUCUAACUGUGUUCCCACUUAAAUUAUUGGACAAAACUCUUCACCUGGAGGAAUGUCCAAUACCUGAUCAAUACCUGAUCGAUGAGACUAGUCUUUCUGUGUUUGUGACACAGGGAAUCUCAAUCUGAGCAGUAGAGCUCUAGGCCCCAAUCUCCCUGGACGUAUUAGUCCUGACAGAGCCCAGGACUGUAGAUGGACAGAUGGCAGACUGAGCUUGGCUAUCAGGUGGAUCACAGGAACACCAGGCCCAGACAGCCGGUCUGGACAUUUCUAGAGGCAUU